AUGUGCAAGGCAAAAAAGAUGGGCGCACUACGCAAUCCUAACUUUUCUGGUUUUGGAACCAAUACCAAACUUCCUCAUUCCGAUAAUACCCUCAACUGUUAUAUAAUCACAAUUUUAUUUUUUUAUUAUUUUUACAAACCCUAGAAACACAAAUUCCAAAUCGAAAUCGUAUAUGAGAUCAUAAACAACAAAUUCCCCAAGCCAAGAUUCAAUUUUUUACGCAGAGAUUAAGGAAAGGAUUUGAGUUGCAGUUCUUUUGUGCUGAGGAUAUGAUUUGGUUUUGUGUACUUAGUUUUUCAUAAUUAUACCCAUCAUGAGUUUCAAGAGAGGAACUAAAGUGGAGGUUAUGAGGAAAAAGGUUCCGUUCUCAUGGCACUGUGCCGAAAUCAUCUCUGGUAAUGGGCAUACUUACAGUGUGAAGUAUGAUUAUUUUCCAGGCUCAACAAGUGAGUUUGUGGUUGAGAGGGUGUCUAGGAAGUCUAUUAGGCCUUGUCCUCCUCCUGUGGAAGGCGUGAGGAGUUGGGUGGCUGGUGAUAUUGUGGAGGUUUACGAUAAUAUUUCGUGGAAUAUUGCUCGAGUCUUGAAGGUUUUGGACAGAGAUCAUUAUUUGGUGAAGUUACUUGGAGUUCCCCAGGAAUUCAGAGUUCACAAAUCAAACACCAGGGUGCGACAAUCUUGGCAAGACAAUAUUUGGGUUGUGAUCGGAAAGGGCUCUAGAAGUUGUGAAGAUGUGAAAACUAUCAAGCUGUCAACUUCAAAUUGUUAUCAGAAGACAAGCUUCCAAAUGCCACAAGCCAAUGCAAAGACCAAACUGCAAGCAGGAGAUGAUCGUCUUGCUGUUCAGGACAAAGCUGGAUUACAGGAAUCUCAUAUGGUUUCUUCUAGAAUGCUGAAGAGAGCAUCUCCCCACUUCUCCUCUCUUUUCGAUGCAUGCACUGGAAAUGUUCAGAAAACAAGAGCAAUUGAGAAAGAUGGUAGGCGGCAGAGGUUUGUUCUGGAUGUGUUACGAGAAAAGGUAGAUGCUGUUGCUUACCCACGAGAAAAUCUGGGUGAAAAAUACAUGCAUUCUUCCUCUAACAAUAGAUCAAAUGGCUAUUAUGAAAUGGAGAGGGAAAAACUAAGUGGUUUGGUUGCCUGUUCUCUUUCAAGAAGUUCAGAACCUUAUGAUUCUGAUAGUGAUGCAUGUUCUGUUGGUAGUUGCAGCGUUACUAGUGAGAGUCCAAAUAGGUUUCCUAGUCAUUUUGUUGUGAGUCGUUGUCAAGAUACAGAUACCCUUUGUAGUGAUGCAGAAUCUUUUUAUGGUUCACCAAAACAGGAAAACUGUCUCUCUCCUCCAGGAGAGGAAGUGUCAGUGUGUAUCCAUAGAAUUGAGUUGCAUGCAUAUCGGUGCACUCUAGAGGCAUUGUAUGCUUCUGGCCCCUUAAGUUGGGAACAAGAAGCAUUGUUGACAAAUCUUCGUAUUACGCUCCAUAUUUCAAAUGAUGAACAUUUGAUGGAGCUUAGGAAUUUAAUUUCUUCUGGAACUGGUAUUCAUACAUGUUAACAGUUGAAGGGUUCUCUUUUUUUACCUUUCAUUGUAGGAUCCUCUUUUUGUCUUUGAUGUCCAUGGAAAUGUAACUUCUAUCUUGUUUAUAUCA